GGAGUUUAAUUUAUUGAAACUUGAAACCCAUUUAUUUCCUUUGCUUGAAAAAAGCUAUAAUCAGCAAUUUUAACGAAAAGGGGUUUAAAAAAAGAUUCCUUUUUUUUGCCUCUGAAUUACAUGAUGUUUAGGGUUUCUUGAUUGAAUGAAAAGUUGAAAUCUUGAUAAUGAUGUAAGCAUUGAGCACUUCUAUUUGUUAAUUCAUUGUAUCACUGUGUUGCAUAAUAUUUAAUUGCUCAAUCUUGAUUAUUUUAUGCAUGUUUUAUACUUCCCAUUAAGAUCACAAAGAUUUUUAAGUAAUAAUUAUAACCAAGAUUAUAUACCCAAAAUAGAAAUAUUAGUUGUUAAUUUCAAGAUCCCUCUUUGAAGAUCCUUCUUGUUGUUCAUAAUAUUCAUACUAACCCCACCUGUUUUAAGAUAUUCUUUUUUGAUUAAAAUACUGUUUUGCACUAUUUCUUUGUUAGUUGCUAUAUUUUUUUGUAACUUGAUUUGUUGUACUCGAGCCGAGGGUCUUUCGGAAGCAACCUCUGUACCUCCCGAGGUAAUGGUUUGGUGUGUAUACUUUACUCUUACCCUCUUCAGACCUCACUUGUGGGAUUUCACGGGUAUGUUGCUGCUGCUGUUGUUGAUUAAAAUACCAUUUUGCCUGUCUUCUUUAUUGGAAGUGCUUUGAGGAUGUGAAUAAGCCACGUACAUGCAAAAGAAUACAUGAGGGAACUAGUGGGUUUUAGAUAAUGGGGAGCUUCCUCUACUGUCCCCACAUGGUGUUUUUUAAAAGAAACAAUUUUUAGAGUGAUCCAAAAGAGAAUUGGAUUUUUUAAUUUUAUACUCUUUUUUAACUUCAGGUCUUGAACAACAACUGUCUUGUAUGUAUUUUUUUGUGGAAGAAAAUAAGUAUAAUAAAAGCUUGUUUUUUUUUUUUUUUUUUAUGUUUUGGUUUAACUUUGUAUUGUAGAGAAAAGAAUAGUAGUUUUUUUUUUGGCUAUAUUGUGAGGCUGUGGUGUUUCCUCGGAAUAAAGCACACUUUUUGGUUUUGUGCUUUAAAGUUGAAGUAUUUGGUGUGUGGUUCUUGUUGUUUUGUUUGCUCUGGAUGAAAUAAAAGCAUAGCUAAUAUCUCUCUUCCUUAAGAAAACGUGUAGCAUAUAGCAUGCUGUUGUGCAUUUUGAUGAGCUAUUGGUUUCUGUCUGCUGAUUCUUCUCAGAGUGAGUUUGUCUCUCUUUAGGAAGACCUUAGGUAGCUUUUCUUGUUUUGCUUGAUUAUACUGUUUUCCUUGCUAAAUAGUUAGAUACCUUGAAUACUAUGAAGUUGAGAGACUUUUGAGAUGAUGGUUUGGUUUGUCUGUUUGUGAAAAUGUGUUCUUGAUUCAAUUUGGCUAUGGUGAAAGUGAAAGGAUGUGGAUGUGUUAGGAUUCUAAGGAUUUCCCAACUGGUAAAUGUUGUGGCCUUUGGGCUGCAUAUGAGUUAUAUGUAGAGAGUAAUGGAGGGUUCAUCUGAAUCUGGUUGGGAGGGAUCAGAUAGUUAUAGGGGUUUGAAUUCUUCAGCUCUUGAGGACAGGAAUACUAGAUUUCAAACAAGCAGCAUUAGGUCCUCCGAUGAUUUGUUGCAUGAUUCUGGUUUUGUUCCAGGUAGAAAGGGGAGGGAGAGAAUUGAGUUCCCUCGUGUAAAUUGCCUUAAAGCUCAAGGUGGGGUUGUGGAGGAUAGGCUUACUGUGGACCAAGGUGGUCGUAGAAGAGACUGUAGUGAUGUUAGUUUGAGGCAGUGGCUUGACAACCCAGAGAGAGCUGUUGAUGCUCUUGAAUGUUUGCACAUAUUCACCCAAAUUGUGGAGAUUGUAAACCUCGCACAUUCACAGGGAAUAGUUGUUCAUAAUGCACGACCAUCAUGUUUUGUCAUGUCCUCUUUCAGACGUAUUGCUUUUAUUGAAUCCGUAUCCUGCUCGGAUUCAGGGUCAGAUUCAUCAGAAGAUGGUUUGAACAGCCAAAGUAUCGAGUUAAACGAUACAUCCUCAGUUUUGCCUCAUGAGUCGGACGUGUUGGGGAGAGAAAGUUCUCAGCUUGAGAAGAUUUCUGCAAAAGCUUCUACCGGAGUAUCUGAAAACUGUUACUUGCAGUCAAGCUCAGGCCAUGCGGUUCAGGCUUUAGAAGCUAGUAAAAACACACAAGAAGAAGAAAAACAGCACACCUUCCCAAUGAAACAGAUAUUGCUCAUGGAAACCAAUUGGUACACUAGUCCAGAAGAAAUUGCUGGUGCUUCAAGCUCUUGUGCUUCAGACAUUUACCGACUUGGAGUCCUUCUCUUUGAGCUAUUCUGCACCUUCAGCUCACCAGAAGAGAAAAGCACAACUAUGAAUAGUCUGAGACACCGUGUACUCCCUCCUCAGUUGCUGUUGAAAUGUCCUAAAGAAGCUUCAUUUUGCUUAUGGUUACUGCACCCCGAGCCGAGCAAUAGGCCGAAAAUGAGUGAGCUGCUAGAAAGCGAGUUCCUUAAUGCUCCAAGAGAUGAGUUUCAAGAACGUGAAGCAGCAAUACAGCUUAGAGAAAAAAUAGAGGAGCAAGAGUUAUUGCUGGAAUUCCUUUUGCUGAUUCAACAGCGAAAGCAGGAGGCUAUGCACAAUUUGCAUGAGAUUGUAUCUUUUUUAUCGUCUGACAUAGAAGAGGUCUCAAAGAUGCAGAAGACCCUCGGAGUUAAAAGCGGAUCAAAUCAGGAGCCAGUAAAGGAUUUAGGUUCGGGGAAGAUAAAUAUUGCUGAAGAUGACGAUGCUGGGUACGUUGGAUCUAGAAAGAGAUUUAGGCCAGGCUUUUCUACUCAUGCAACUGAGGAAUCCAAUGGCAAUCCAGAUGAGUCUGAGAAGCAUGUUGAAAACAAAGGGAGCAUUCUGGCAAAAAAUUCCCGGUUGAUGAAGAACUUCAGGAAAUUGGAGGCAGCUUAUUUCAUGACAAGACGUAGGGUUAUCAAACCAAUUGGCAAACCAUUGAAUAGACAUUCUCAGGCAAGUACGGAUUGUAGAAUAGCACCCGAAAGAAGUUCAUUGAGUAAUUUGUCAUCAAAAGAGGGGUGCAAUGAGGAUAGACAGAGUGGAUCGAUCAGUUCAUUCCUGGAGGGCCUGUGCAAGUAUCUAUCUUAUAGCAAGCUGGAAGUGAAGGCCGACUUGAAGCAAGGGGAUCUUCUGAAUUCUUCCAAUCUUGUAUGUGCUCUAGGCUUUGAUCGUGAUGGUGAAUUUUUUGCAACUGCUGGUGUAAAUAAGAAGAUCAAAGUUUUUGAAUAUAAUUCAAUUGUAAAUGCGGACCGUGAUAUCCACUAUCCAGUUGUUGAAAUGUCUAGUAGAUCUAAGCUAAGCAGCAUAUGUUGGAAUGGCUAUAUUAAAAGCCAGAUCGCUUCAAGUAACUUUGAAGGCGUGGUGCAGGUAUGGGACGUCACAAGAAGUCAGCUUUUCAUGGAAAUGAGAGAACAUGAAAGGCGUGUCUGGUCUGUUGACUUUUCUGUAGCCGAUCCAACCAUGUUGGCCAGCGGGAGUGAUGAUGGUUCUGUCAAGCUCUGGAAUAUCAAUCAGGGAGCAAGUGUUGGAACCAUUAAAACAAAAGCCAAUGUCUGCUGCGUUCAAUUCCCCUUUGAUUCUGGUCGCUCCCUUGCUUUUGGUUCUGCAGAUCACAGGAUAUAUUAUUAUGAUCUACGUAACUCAAAAAUGCCUCUAUGCACAUUAAUCGGGCAUAACAAGACCGUGAGUUAUGUCAAGUUCAUAGAUUCCACAACUCUUGUGUCUGCAUCUACAGAUAACACGAUAAAGCUAUGGGAUUUGUCAAUUUGCACAUCUCGAAUUCUUGAUUCACCUCUUCAGUCAUUUACCGGACACAUGAAUGUAAAGAACUUUGUUGGCUUAUCUGUAUCUGAAGGUUACAUUGCUACUGGCUCGGAGACAAAUGAGAUCUUUGUAUACCACAAAGCUUUUCCUAUGCCUACAUUAUCAUUUAAAUUUAAUAGCACGGAUCCACUAUCUGGUGAUGAAGUGGAUGAUCAAGCACAGUUUAUCUCAUCUGUUUGUUGGCGUGGUCAGUCCUCUACCUUAGUUGCUGCAAAUUCUAUGGGAAAUAUCAAGCUAUUGGAGAUGGCUUAACGUGUUCAUGUUCUUUUAAGUUUUAAGAGUUGCCUUCGGGAUAGAAAGACACGAACGAUAAUGGUUCAGCAUUGGCAAAUGAAUCCGGAUACCAUGGCGGACAAGAGAAUGCCAUCAUAAAGAAACCAAGAUUUUUGUUAGUAGUAACUAGUAAGUAAUUCGUAUAGUGAAAGUAGACUCAACUGGAAAUAUGAGAAUAUAUAUUGGUCAUAUUUUGAAAAAAAAAAUGCUGUAUAUAAAAGGGGAAGGAUACAAAUGUGAGUUUUUCUCUGUAAUUUCCGGAGUUCAAAUGAAUUUUUAGUAUAUUUUUUCUUGAAA